AUGGUCACCACGGCGUCCAGACGGAGCACCCCAGGGGUGUUCAUCGGCUACGCGGAGGGCUCGAAGGCCUACCGCAUCCUCGACCCGGAGACACAGCGUGUGCGCAUUACGCGCGAUGUUGUGUUCGACGAAGGGCGAGGGUGGGUAUGGGACAAGGCGGUGGAUGAUGGUUCGACUCCGACGUACGACGACUUCACCAUCGAGUACGUCCACUUCGAGGGAGCUGGGGGAGUAGGCAGCUCUUCUUCACCGAGCGUGUCUACCCCAGUCCCCGAGCCUCCACCGACUCCAACACCAACACACCCUCGGGCCACGACUUCGACUACGACGAGCUCUUCGUCGACACCACCCCAGCCGGUGUCCCCACACGCUCCAGCACCAACAGCCACUCCUCCGGGCACGUCUACUCCGACGCCAGCUCGUGUUGAGCGCAGCCCGGUGGAGUUCGUUACUCCGCUCUCCCACGACGGGGAGCGCAUCGACGCGUACCAUGACGGCGAGCAGCUACGGUACCGUACGAUGGAGGAUCUUCUCGGCGACCAGCCGGUGCCGGGACUGGUGCCUCGCAACCUGGAGGCGCAGUUGCACCUUGCGUGCGACGACGAUUCUAACAGUAAGGGAAUCAGCCAGUAUGACCUCCUUAAGUUUGGCCGAGGAUUCAUGAAACUGCAAAGGUUUGAGUAUGAGAUCAACAGAAAUUACUGGUCAUCGGCAGCCCGUGAUCCUGCCUAUGUUGCUCACUACCCAUACAGGUACGAUAUCUGCUGUGAAAAUAUGAAGGAACUGAGGUUGGCGCAUAUUGUAACUAAGCCAGAGAUAGGACUCCGUUUUCUCUUGGGGAAAUGCAGAGCAUUGGAGAAACUUUGGCUGGAGUAUGUCAUUGGUCUAACUGACAACGAUGUGAUUGCACUAUUCCAGAACUGCGGCAACCUCAGAAGCCUCUCGUUAAGGCUCAUUCCUCUGUUGUGUCAUGCUAUUUAUUUUCGGACAGCAUUGACCAAUGACAGCCUUAAGGCCCUGGCUCUCUACUGCCCUAUGCUUCAGGUUCUUGAGCUCACCUUUACAUUUUGUUCCGAGGACUAUCCGUCAGAAGUAGGCUUUUCACAGGAGGGUAUUGUAAACCUCGUUCAGUCCUGUCCAAUUCGUGUUCUCAUGCUUAAUGGUGCCAGCAAUUUUGACGACGAGGGAAUGAAGGGCCUGUCAUCCUCAAGAUCCCUGGAGACACUCGAGCUUGUGGAUUGCAUGUUUAUAGGGGAUUUAGGCAUGCGUUCCAUCGCGCGCACCCCGAACUUGCGGAAUCUAACACUCCGGAAGUGUGUUUGUGUGACUGACAAUGGAGUGUCUGAGCUGGUGCAUGCACAGAACUUGGAAUCCCUGACCAUUAUAGGUUGCCAUCGGAUCUCUCUGAAAGCUGUGCAGGGGGCUGCCAGAUCAGUUUACUACUCAGCUGAGUCUGAAAAACAUGAGAGUCUGAAAGGAAUGAAGAUGACAAGGUCUUCAAAGUGAUGUUUGGCUGUCAAUGUUUCUUGCUAUAUGUUACCUGAUGUUAAUUUCUGACUACUUUCUAUAGAUGACAUGGUUUCUUAAACUGUCCAAAUAUUGCAGUUUAUCCAAUUGUGACUGGAUCCAGCUAGCGGCAACAUUGUUCCAGCUAAUGGUAAUGAUUCAGUACUCAAGGUCUCACUGUCACAAAUAACCAACAUGGGCAGGUAUUUGGAGACCUGCAUUCUUCACUUACGUUUCACCUUUUUUGCCCGCUAUUUGAUUGGAUGGUGUUUGCAUUUUUCUCUUCGGUACAACAUUCCCAUACUUACAAUGAUCCAUAUUGUUUAUACCGCUGUGGUGCUGCCCUUGUGUGUGCUUAAUUUUUGUAGAGACCAGCUGACUGACGUUCCAUCUAUACUAUUUUUACUGCUGCAGGAUAUGAUAUCCAUGUAUGUUUUUUUUUUCACCUUUAGUUUUUAGAUAGCUUCUGAUUAAAUGUUACAUCUACUGCUAUUUCCCGGA